CUCGAGCACUCCCUCCCAGCUCUCCACACGCCAUGGCCACGAAAGUAGACAUCAGGCCUGGGGAACUCACCAGCAAUAGCUGUGACCCAGUCACAGCUCGAGAGCAUACACAGGCUGUGACCCGAAACUACAUCACCCACCCCCGUGUCACCUACAGGACAGUGUGCAGUGUCAAUGGGCCUCUCGUGGUGCUGGACCAGGUCAAGUUUGCCCAGUAUGCUGAGAUUGUCAACUUUACCCUCCCGGAUGGGACUCAGAGGAGUGGCCAAGUGCUUGAAGUGGCUGGGACCAAAGCCAUUGUUCAGGUGUUUGAAGGGACUUCAGGGAUCGAUUCCCAGAAGACCACCUGUGAAUUCACAGGGGACAUCCUGAGGACUCCUGUGUCGGAGGACAUGCUGGGUCGGAUUUUCAAUGGUUCUGGCAAACCCAUUGACAAAGGGCCUGUCGUCAUGGCAGAGGACUUUCUGGACAUCAAUGGCCAGCCUAUAAAUCCCCAUGACCGGAUCUACCCUGAGGAGAUGAUCCAGACAGGAAUCUCCCCCAUUGAUGUCAUGAACAGCAUUGCCCGUGGCCAGAAGAUCCCCAUCUUCUCUGCAGCGGGGCUCCCCCACAAUGAGAUUGCUGCUCAGAUCUGUCGCCAAGCCGGACUGGUGAAGAAAUCCAAGGCAGUGCUGGAUUACCACGAGGACAACUUUGCCAUUGUCUUUGCAGCCAUGGGGGUAAACAUGGAGACAGCCAGGUUCUUCAAGUCAGAUUUCGAGCAGAAUGGAACCAUGGGAAACGUCUGCCUCUUCCUGAACUUGGCCAAUGACCCUACGAUUGAACGGAUCAUCACCCCUCGUCUGGCACUGACCACAGCUGAGUUCCUUGCUUACCAGUGUGAGAAGCACGUGCUGGUCAUACUGACUGACAUGAGCUCCUAUGCAGAGGCUUUGCGGGAGGUCUCUGCUGCCAGAGAGGAAGUGCCAGGUCGCCGUGGCUUCCCUGGAUAUAUGUACACAGACCUAGCCACCAUCUACGAGCGAGCUGGCCGUGUGGAGGGUCGGGGUGGCUCCAUCACGCAGAUUCCCAUUCUCACCAUGCCCAAUGACGAUAUCACCCACCCCAUCCCAGACUUGACUGGCUUCAUCACAGAAGGACAGAUUUAUGUGGACAGACAGCUACACAACCGGCAGGUCUAUCCCCCCAUCAACGUGCUACCGUCCCUGUCACGGCUGAUGAAGUCGGCCAUAGGCGAGGGCAUGACCAGAAAGGACCACGGAGAUGUCUCCAACCAGCUGUAUGCCUGCUACGCCAUCGGGAAGGACGUGCAGGCCAUGAAAGCGGUGGUGGGGGAGGAGGCACUCACUUCGGAAGACCUGCUCUACCUGGAGUUUCUGCAGAAGUUCGAGAAGAACUUCAUCACCCAAGGUCCGUACGAGAACCGCACCGUGUUUGAGUCGCUGGACCUGGGCUGGAAACUGCUGCGCAUCUUCCCCAAAGAGAUGCUGAAGCGCAUCCCGCAGAGCAUGACGGACGAGUUCUACUCCCGCCAGGGGGCGCAGCAGGACCCCGCGUCCGACACGGCCCUCUAGAGCAGCUCCAGGCAGCAGCCUCUGGCUUAUGGUCAAGCCCAUGUCUUAUG